AUGUCCUUUGAUUUUUCAACGUUGGCCGCAAACCAUUCCAGAGUUGAUGUAAAAGAAGAAAACAGGAGACAGGGUGAAGCAACGGCAAGGUUGCUCGCAACAAAUUCGUAUAAUCAGACGCUUUUCUCGUUUGCUUCAUCUGAGUGUAAUAUUUCAGGACCAAUUUGUGAAGCGCUAAAGUGCUUAGGAGAUCCAACAUGUACAUACAUAGAGCAUCACAGAAAACUUGAAGACAGGAUGAAUGAUCUUCUAGCAAAACAACGCCAACUAAAAGCUAUGAAGAGAGAUGUGGAGCUGAGAAAAAAUGCAGAGCUUCGAUUGGGAAGAUGUAUAAGGCAAGAAGUAGAGAACUGGCUUCUAGAAGUGCAAACCGUCAAUGGCAAAAUACAGAACGUUGAUGAAAAAAUGCAAAAUGUGUCUUGUUUUUCACGUGGGCGCCUUGGGAAACAAGUUUCCCAAACAGUUGAAGAAGUGAAGGAAAUUAUUGAACAAGGCAGGUUCACUGGAGCUCUAGUAAUUGAUGAUCCAUCGACUGCUGGAGUGCCUUUUCAGUUGGAACAUUUGGAAGGUGAAACCGCGGUGAUUGCAGACAUUUGGAAGCAUUUGAUGAGUGAUGAAAUUGGAAUGGUUGGUGUCUGUGGAAUGGGCGGGAUCGGGAAAACCACUAUAAUGAAGCACAUACACGAUCAACUAUUGGAGGAGACUAAAUCUAAACCCUUGUUUGAGAAAAUCAUUUGGGUCACUGUUUCACAGGACUUCAACAUCGCCAACUUACAAGAAGACAUUGCAGAUGCUAUGAAUAUUGAAGAUCUUCCGAAAUCUGAACAAAAGCGUGCAGCUGUGUUAAGGAACAAAUUGCGACAAAUAAGGCAUGUAUUGAUCUUAGAUGAUGUUUGGGAAGGGUUCGUUCUCGAAAAGGUAGGGAUCCCUGAACCAAUAUCCAGCAAUCGGAGUAAGUUGGUAUUAACUAGUAGAUUGAAAGAGUUUUGUAAAUCUAUAGGCUGUCAUGAGAUAGUCGAAGUGCCUCUACUUUCCAAUGAGGAGUCCAUGAAUUUAUUCUUGGUUCAUACCGGACAUGAGGUUCUAAAGGUUCCAUCUUUGGAAAAAAUUUUGGGCGAUAUUGUUAGAGAGUGUGAUAGGUUACCCCUUGCCAUAAAAGUAAUAGCUAGUAGCAUGAAGGGAAUAAAUGAUGUUGUUGAAUGGAGGAAUGCAUUAACAGAGUUACGUAACCAUGUAACAAGUGUGAAGGACACAGAUAAAAAAAUAUACGGGCGAUUAAAGUUCAGUUUCGACCGUUUGAAAGAUUCGAAUAUCCAAAAUUGUUUCCUUUAUUGCUCACUGUACCCAGAAGACUAUAGAAUUCCAAGGGUGGAAUUAAUAGAAUACUGGAUAGACGAGGGAUUUCUUGAAAUGGGGAGUCGACAACAAUUGCAUGAUAGGGGUCAUACUAUAUUAAAUAGGUUGAUAAACAACUGUUUGUUGGAAAAGGCUGGAGAUGAUGUUAAGAUGCAUGAUGUGAUGAGAGAUAUGGCAUUGUAUAUCAAACACCUUCAUUUUAUUGUAAAAGCUGGCACCGGCUUGGAAGAAUUACCAAGCAAGCUAGAAUGGAAAAAAGAUGUUGAAAGGGCUUCAUUCAUGAUGAAUAAGGUAUCAGAAAUCCCUCUGAGCUUGUCACCCAAUUGUGGAAACCUUUCGACCUUAUUACUGAAAAAGAAUAUGUCCUUGAAAAGGAUUUCCGAAUCAUUCUUUCAGCACAUGCAUAGUCUCAGCAUUUUUGACCUUUCUUAUACCGGUAUCGAGCAAUUGCCCAAUUCCGUAUCAAACUUGGAAACGCUCAAUGCAUUGGUGCUUCGUGGAUGCAACAAGUUGAGAUAUGUGCCUUCACUAGAAAAGCUUGAGGCUCUACGAAAGCUAGACCUCCGGGGUACAGGCAUUGAAAAGGUGCCUAAAGGUUUGGAAAUGUUAGCAAAUCUAACAUAUCUCAAUUUAUGUACUGAAAGCUUAAAGGAACUGCCAAUUGCAAUUCUACCUAGGCUUUCUUGUCUGCAAUGUUUGGUAUUAUAUGUUAAAUCAACUUGUAUAAAAAUGAAUGGAUUGGAACUUGCCAGAUUAAGGAAGCUAGAGGUUUUUGAAGGGAGAUUUAAUGAGUUGAUAGACUUUAAUGCCUACACCAAGUCUAUACAAUGUCAACAGCUCACUUCUUACUUGCUUGUCAUGGCACCACUUGAAGCCAAGUUUAACGUCAAACAACGUGUAAAAGGCAUAAAUUGUAUUUACCGUUUCAAGUUGUUGAAUGUGGACAGCAACAAAGGGAGGCAGAAGGCGAUGCUGCUCGCGAGCGGGCUCCAAGGUGUAGAAACUAUUGGCCUCAAAAGAAAUACGAUGAUUCUGGAAGUGUGUGGUGACUUAGAAAUGGAACCCACUGAAAUUGCGGCAAAGUGGAAGAAAGGAGGUAUAGAAGUGCAGCUCGUGGAUGAGCUGUGGGACUUUACCUUUCUACCUAUGAAAUAUGUGAUAUUAAGCGGGUGUCCGAUAGUGUUGGAACAAAGAGACAAUAACAGGCUGUUUUGUAUCUUGCUUGAAUAG